AUGAGCUUUUUGUCACCCGACACUCUACUUCAACAAGUUACUGAGAAUGUGAAGACAUUGGGAAACAAUGGUACAGAGCUCUUCUUCUUAUCUGUUUUUUACGAAUAUUAUCCGGAAAUAUAAUUACUCAUAAUUUCAGUCAAUGAAUUGGAACGGUUAGUUGAACAAAUUGGCGGCCCUGCCGAUGAUAACCAUCUGAAUGAUCUACUCAACGAUCUUGUUCAUGGAAGCAAUGUUUUGUCGAAGAGAACUAGUCAACAGCUGAAGGAGCUUGUAGCUAUAUCGAACGAACAGGUGAUUAAUUCGCAUCCUUCAUUACUGGAUUUUAGAGACAAUAUCGUGUGUCAAGAGAACGGUUGGUAAAUGAAUAUAUGGCGGUUCUGAACCGCUUACAAUCAGCACAAAGAAGAGCAGCGACGAAGGAAAAGGCACAGUUGCGGAAUGUAACUCAAGAGGAUGAACAUCUGUCACACCAAGAGCAACCUGGAGUCGACCCUUUACAACAGGUUCAGAUUCAAGAACAACGACGCGCAAAUUUGAUGGAGAUCAGAGAAAGAAAAGAGGCCCUUAAUCAACUUGAACAGGACAUCAGCGACGUUAAUCAGAUCUUUAAGGAUCUUGCGCGAAUUGUUCACGAACAGGGGGACAUGGUGGAUAGUAUCGAAGCCAAUGUUGAACAUGCGAGUAUGCAUGUCAGCCAAGGUCAUGUUAAUGUCCAGCAGGCCCUGCACUAUCAGACGAAGGCCAGACAGAAAAAGAUUCUCUUAUCCGUCUUCUGCAUAGCCCUUCUUUUGAUUUUCGGACUCACUUUUUAUUUGUGGGCACGUUGA